AUGGUGAAGGCAAAUGACGAGCCUAGUGAAGGUGUAGGCGACCAUGCCGACGGGCAGGCCGAUGGGAGCAGUUCAAUUCAACAGAUUGACUCCGCUGAAGAUAUGGGGCCACCGGCCGAUCUGCCCCCGGGCUCUCCCUCGAGCAACCUCACAUCAACACCGACGGCAGGCUGUUCUCCAAAGCGGCCAAAAGGCUCUGCAGAGGCGUCAUUGAAGGUGCAAAACAGCCCGCAGCAGUCCGGCUGGUUCCAUCCAUCUGUCCAGUCUGCAUCGAAGUCGCUUUUUCGCCUGUUUCGCAGCCCGUCGUCGACCUCAAUUGCAACCAUGCCGGUGAUGGCCUCAGAUACCUCGCGAGCUAGCUUCACAGACCCAAUGUUUGGCGAACUAGAGCGAAAUGGUCAGACGGGGAAUCUCUUAUCGCCCAAGGAUGCGAAAGCUCUGAGCAAGAGCGUGGACAAGGUGGCCGAGGCCGCUGAACGGUACCAAGAGGCUAUCAAAGCGAUGGCCGCGGCCUCUGCAGAUUUAGGAACAGCCCUCGAAGAGCUCUCAAAGAACAAGGGCCUCGAAAAGGCAUCGUCAGGUAUCUCUGCUGCUGGAGGACUUCAAUUGCUAGUGUCAAACCACGCCCAGCUGCUGGCAGCAAGCGUGGAGGAAAAAUUUGUUGAACCUUCAAAGCGGGGGCUUUCGAAUUACAAGGAGGAUCUUAAGGACCGGGAAAUGAGCUUUCAGAGCGAGCUGAAACACCGUACAUUGACGUUACGCCGCGCAGAGUCCUUGACCCAGCGGCAAUCCAGAGCUCGACACCGCAAUCUAGCCACGUACCGGUCGACUUUGCUGGAUCUCACAUCGCAAAUCGACGACAUCAAUCGUCUCAAGUACGAAUUUCUAUCGGAUUUGUAUAUGUCGGCCAAUGAUCUCGGAGAACAGCUGGAACGCCAGGUUGCUAGCAUGGUGACGGCUGAGAUCGAAAUCUACGAUAGUAUUGCUCGGAAGGGGUGGUCAGGAAACGGACUCGAUCACUUAAUAGCAGGAUGCCCCGACCCCUUCGAAGCCACCGAUAAAGACCGCGACGAGCACUCUGAGGCUAUAGAUGUUGCAGUCACUACGUCACCGGAAACGGGAGGGCCUACUCGGCAGGCUGGAUCCACGUCGCCCCCGACCAACUUGUUUUCCGUUCUACCUAAUACUUCCAUUCUUCCCAAACACGAGGACGAAUUUCCUGCAUUUAACGACCAUGACUACGACCUUCAUAACCCACACAGGUUACCUGUGAACGGUGGAGCUUGA